AUGGAUCAGGAAGAGGUUGUUAGGGAGAUUCCAGCACCGCGCCUCGUGGUGCUGGGGGAUGCCUCACAACACCCUACCUCAGAACGAACCAUAUCAGCUUUCGAGCGAAUAAUAACAACAAAUACGCCUAUCACUGAGUCUCUACUUCUCCAACUUCCAACCGAUUCCAUCAUCAAACUGUACCACACCUCCAAAUACCUCCGUACGUUCCUUCGAUCAUAUCCGACCGCAUGGAGGUCACUCUCGUUUCGCCUUCAAUUCCCUUCGGGCACUCCGCCGAACCCUUCACUCGACCCAAAUAUCCCUGAGCCGGCUCCUAUGCGCCAAUCUCGACCUUAUGCUCUCGAUAUGUUAUUGAUGAACGUGGUCAUGCCAUUCAGUGGAUGUAUAAAGAGCCUGGAGCUAGACAACACGGCCAUCUCAGGGGAGAAUCUUACAUCUACGGUGCUGCACGCGCGUCGGGAAACACUUGAACACCUCUCCGUGCGUGGCUGCAAGAAUGUCUCUCUCAAGUAUCACAUCGUUCCUUUCCUCACCAUGUUCGCGCUACAAUGCGAUAUCGACACAGAUAAGAAUGCUUCGAGCUCUCCCGGGAUGAAGAAACUCGCCCUCAAGAGUAUCUACGCUUAUCGAUGUCGGCACCACAGGAGACGACCCUAUCUAUCAUCUUCGUUGAUGCGGAAGGAUGCUGACGCGGAAUCAACACAUGAACUUGUUAAUAUUUGCCAUAAGCUCGGGAUCUGGACCGAUACUGCUUGGUGCACCACGCCCGCCGGAAGAUGUGCUCGGAGAGCUGGCUAUGUGAAGUCGAGAUUUCCCCAUGGUGCAGCAUCACCGGAAGUGUGGGUGGUUUUUGACAGGCUCUGGAGAUCAAAGAACUGGAUCGGCCCCAUAGAAGAUGUCUCGACUGCCGAUGCAGCACACGUCCGCGACGGCAAGUUGUGGGAGAACCGUGAUACGGGAUACUAUGGCGAAGCGUUAGGAACCGGUGAAGGGAAAAUGACGCCUGCCCAUCUGCGUGAUAGUCAUACCCAGUUUGUCAAGGGUAUUCGGUGUGACAAUUGUCUCGAAGAUAUAUCCGAAAGAUGUGAGCAUUGCAGUGUCUUGAUGCACUGUGUAGGAUGUCGCAAAACACUUUGUGCAAGUUGUGCAUACGAACGUCCUUAUCUUCAUCGGCACGCUGUUUCCUCGUCUGAGGCUAGUUUGGGCUCUCCUGAUUCUUUCUGGUGGGCGCCUGGCGCCACACACUCACCGGGCUCGAUGCAGGAUCCCGUGGAUCCUCUGGCUCUCGCCGACCCCAAUAUACUCCAAGGGCCUAGCUUGGAACCCCCUGAACUGAACUUUCACUGGUGCUGUACGAAGCCUGACCUCUCCGGAGGAGGUGGCAUCAGCAUCGGACCUCGAAACCGGGAAGUGGAUCAAGUUCGGGCUGUGCCUUUGCCCCGUGGCCAAGGUUGGGAGGAUCUAGAGUAUACGGUCAGUGAAUGGAGCAAGACCUUCCCGAAGUACGCAUACGGCGAUCCGAGCAAGCCCGACUACUCUCUCCAAGCGGGCCAUCUGGCGAUGAUGAAAUGGCUGCUUGGGCCACCUAAUCGACAAGUCUCACCGUGUCCACGCAACCUGUGUCAAGGGUGCUACGACUCUCCUCAGUGGAAGGUGCAUUGCAAGAGCUGCUCCAAGCCCCUUUGCAUUGAGCACGAUCUUCGCGGGCUUCGCUUGCGGAUUUGCGGAUACCGCGACCUAGAGACAGAAAAGCAGACGAUUCAGGAUCGAUUUGCUGGACGCUUGUCGGAAUCUCCCUCGCUUUCCGGAUAUCAACUGCCGCUUAGAAGCCAACAGCUCCUUGACUCAGCAAACAAAAGUUUCAAUAUUGAUUCGCGCCACGAUAGCUUCCAGCAGGGGGAAACACCGGAUUCACAGCUCGGCGAUCAAUCGGCUCCUGCCUCCUUCUUUUCCAAUCAGCCCUCACGCUCGUAUUCUGCCCCCACAUCAAACCAGUCAUCCCCCCCCGUCAUCCUCAUCCUCCGACUACUUCGAACCUCCGCAAUUUGA